ACCUCAAAAGUAGGUCGACGAUGGCCGGCGGCGCCGUCAUCGCUCCGUCCACCGGAAAGGCCUACCCGGGCAAGCUCACCGCCCGAGUCCUCAUCACUUGCAUUGUUGCGGCCAUGGGUGGUCUCAUUUUCGGCUAUGAUAUCGGAAUCUCAGGGGGAGUGACAUCAAUGGCUCCAUUCCUGAAGGAGUACUUCCCGGAUGUGUACAGGAAGGAAGCCCUAGAUCAUUCAACAAACCAAUAUUGCAAGUUCAACAGCCAGACAUUGACCAUGUUUACUUCCUCCUUGUACCUGGCUGCCUUGCUAGCUUCCCUGAUAGCUUCGUCCGUCACCCGCAACUUGGGCCGACGCCUCUCCAUGCUUUCCGGCGGAACCCUCUUCUGCGCCGGUGCUCUUGUCAAUGGCUUUGCUCGCAAUGUCCACAUGCUCAUCAUCGGCCGGGUCCUUCUUGGCUUUGGCAUCGGAUUCGCCAAUCAGUCGGUGCCGCUCUAUCUCUCGGAGAUGGCUCCAUACAAAUAUCGCGGUGCGCUCAACAUCGGCUUCCAGAUGUCUAUAACAAUCGGAAUCCUAGCUGCCAACCUCUUGAACUACUUCUUCGCCAAGAUCAGCGGCGGUUGGGGAUGGCGGCUGAGCCUGGGAGGCGCCGUGGUGCCGGCGCUAAUCUUCAUCGUCGGCUCUCUUGCCCUGCCGGACACGCCCAACUCUCUAAUCGAGCGAGGUAAAUGCGAUGAAGCCAGAGAUAGACUCCAAAAGAUCCGCGGCGUGGCCGACAUAGACGAGGAGUUCAACGACCUCUUGGCGGCGAGCGAGGCGUCAAAGAAGGUGCAGCAUCCAUGGUUGAACCUUCUCCGGCGAAAGUACAGGCCCCAGUUGUCGUUCGCCAUUCUCAUCCCUUUCUUUCAGCAGCUUACCGGCAUGAACGUGAUCAUGUUCUACGCUCCGGUUCUGUUCAAAACCCUCGGUUUUGCCGAUGACGCUUCCCUCAUGUCGGCCGUGAUCACCGGCGGCGUGAAUUGUCUGGCCACCGUCAUUUCCAUCUUCGCCGUGGAUACUUUGGGAAGAAGAAAGCUUUUCCUCGGGGGUGGGUUUCAAAUGUUAAUCGCUCAGCUCGUGACGGCAGCCGCCAUCGGAGUGAAAUUCGGAACAAGCGGGGACCCCGGCUACCUGCCGAAGUGGUACGCGACGGGGCUUGUGGUGCUGAUAUGCGUGUUCGUGAGCGGUUUCGCGGUGUCGUGGGGGCCGUUGGGGUGGCUAGUCCCGAGCGAGAUCUUCCCGCUGGAGGUCCGGUCGGCUGCGCAGAGCAUCAACGUGUCGGUGAACAUGAUCUUCACAUUCUUCAUCGCCCAGAUCUUCCUGCCGAUGCUGUGCACCUUCAAAUUCGGAUUAUUCCUUUUCUUCUCCUUCUUCCUGGCGGUGAUGACCCUCUUUAUCUUCAAGUUCUUGCCGGAGACGAAAAACAUUCCGAUCGAGGAGAUGGUCACCGUGUGGGGGAAGCACUGGUAUUGGAAGAAGUUCCUUGAAGAUCAUAACAAUGGCGAUCAAAGUAAAGACGAACAGCCCAAUGAUCCUUUAGGUGAUGGUACAAAGCUUCAUGAUUCACCUGUUUGAUUUAAUUUCUUUGCUAAGCUAGAAAUUAGCCAAGUCUUGUAUCAACAAAUUCUUCUGUAUAUAUAGUUAAUACGAUACUCAAUUUUUUGCCCUA